AUGCUUCCUGAUCCAGCACUUUCCAUCACCAUCCCUAGCGUGCACGACGACGCUACACUUGAGUGCCGCAUCUAUCACCCUCAGUCUUUGACUGCAAACCCUCGAGCCCCUCCAUGGCGCAAGCACGCCGCCAUCCUCGCUCACCCGUACGCGCCGCUGGGAGGCUGCUAUGACGACCCGGUCGUUGAGACCUUGGCUGCCACUCUGCUGAGGCAGGGAUUUCUCGUCGGCACUUUUAACUUCCGCGGCGCGGGCAACUCGGGCGGGAGGACUAGUUGGACGUCAAAGGCCGAGAGAAGUGACUAUGUGUCUUUCGUGGGAUUUGUUUACUAUUAUGUGCACUACCUUGACCCCUUCCGACAAGGGCAGUCUCCUAAGAGCAUACCUAACCUGCCGUUGUCGCCGACCACCAACCAAUCCGGCACCUCUGGGGCAUCAGAACCAGAGAGUGUGGCCAGCCCCUCAGUUUUCCUCCAAUGCGGCUACUCCUAUGGCGCAAUGAUAACGAAGCUCCUGCCACCACUGGAAUCUGUAUUGGAGAUAUUUAGGGCUCCCAAGAAUGCCUCUGCAGCAGCAGAUAUACGUCUCAGAGCCCAGCAUCUUGCCGAACAGCAGAAUGUCAUACUGUCCAGUGCGCGUGCGGCCCUAAUGGAGCCAGCCAGUCCAAUGUCGCCCAGAAGAGCAACCGCAGGCCUACGGAUAGGGGGCGACGAGGACAAGAGACGAAGCCAGGAUCAUGGGGGAAGGAGGAGUUUCGCCUUGGACGCGGAGGAGAAGGUGCGGGCCGGCGUGGCAGAGCUCAUGAAAAGGACAAAGAUGCACCAGCAUCACAGCCACCGGAAGAAGGGCAGUCGGCCGAAGGAGAAGGAAGUAUCAGCCGACAGCACCGGAGGAGAAGAAGCAGACAAGGGCAAAGAGCUAGAUCACCUACCACCGGUGGCCGGACUGCCGUCCCCUUUGACCGCCUACCUGCUGGUCUCCCCGCCGGUGGGGUGGGCCACAAGCCUGAUGACAAUGAACCUGGGCAACCCCGUGUCGGGCCUCUUCGGGAGGCGACCCCAGUCCAGGAGCAAGGACAGAGAGGAGCAGGCUGCCGCAUCGGGCCCGGCGGAGUCCAAGCAGGAGAGGCAGAAGCUGCUCGAGAACCCGACGCUCGCCAUCUACGGCGACUCGGACGUGUUUGUGACCGUCAAGAGAUUCAGGGACUGGGCGGCUAGGCUGCAGUCCGCCCCUGGCUCCCGGUUCAGGGCUCAUGAGGUCUCGACGGCCGGCCACUUCUACAUCGAGGAGGGCACCAUGCAGCGGCUCUCUGACGCCGUGAGGGCGUUCUCGGGGGAGUUGCUGGCACAGGUCGAGGAGCGGUCGUGA